AACUUAUCAAGCAGACAAGAAGGCGUGCCAGGCUAUCGGUGCUUGAUCAGCAUUCAGCAGCCACGCAUAUAGUCAGUUGAGUCGAGUAGAGGCAGUUUAGCUGGAGCUUGAUCGAGAGGGUCAGUCAGUCAGAUAGAUCAUGGAGCUCGCCGGGAGUUGGAGGAAGGCGAUGCCUUACGUGGCCAUGGUCUUCCUCCAGUUCGGCUACGCCGGGCUCUUCCUCGUAUCCGUCGCGUCGCUGCGCCAGGGCAUGAGCCACUACGUCCUCGUCGUCUACCGGAACGCCAUCGCCGCCGUCGCCAUGGCUCCCUUCGCGCUAUGGUUUGACAGGAAAACAAGACCCAAAAUGACCCUCUCCGUGUUCUACAAGAUCGUUGCCCUGGCACUACUUGAGCCUGUUCUUGAUCAGAACUUCUUCUACAUAGGAGCCCAUAACACGUCGGCGAGCUUCUCUUCAGCGCUCACCAACAUAUUGCCUGCCGUAACAUUUGUAAAUGCCAUCCUGAUCAGGAUGGAGAGAAUAAACAUAAAGGAGCGGCGGAGCCAGGCGAAGAUCGCCGGCACGCUGAUCACGGUCGGCGGAGCGCUGCUCAUGGUACUCUUCAGCGGCCCUGUCAUCAACUUCCCAUGGACCAAGCACGCCGGAAGCCACGCCGUCACCAACACAGCCAGCCACAGCAGCGGUUGCUGGCUCUUGGGCAUCUUCAUGAUCCUGUUGAGCUGCUUCUGCUGGUCCGCCUUCUUCAUACUCCAGUCACACACGUUGAGGAGUUACCCGUCCGAGCUCUCCCUGACCACGCUGAUAUGCACCACGGGCGUCGUGCAGAGCGGCGUGGUUGCGCUGGUGAUGGAGCGUGACACCAAGGCUUGGGCAAUCGGGUUCGACAUGAGGCUCUUCACGGCCGUCUACUCGGGCAUAAUGUGUUCUGGGGUUGCUUAUUAUGUGCAAGGGAUAGUUAUCCAAGAACGGGGCCCAGUGUUUAUCACCGCCUUUUGCCCUCUAUGCAUGAUCAUAGUGACUGUGCUAGGCUCUUUCAUUCUUUCUGAGGUGAUUACAUUGGGAAGGAUCACUGGUGCAAUGAUUAUUGUUGUUGGUCUCUAUGCUCUCAUUUGGGGCAAGAGCAAUGAUCAUGUGAAUCAAGUUGAACGCGAUGACAAUUUUGAAAAGCCCAACUCUUUUGAACUACCGUUUACUACUACCACCAUUACCAAAGCAAGCAACCUUGAUCACAUUUGACAAUCACCGUGGCUGCAUGCAGCAAGGAAAGCUUGAUGCAGAAUCAACUUACAAAGUGAUGGCUUGGGCUCAUCGAUCUCCCCGUGUUUCCUUGGAUAUAUUCCCGUCUCAUUAAUGUACCAAGAUGUAACUCUAGGAUGAGAUUCUCAUAUCCACGGAACUGUGUAAUAAAGCGUAUGUUUUGUUGAGUGCCUCAUUGUAAGGGGUUCGUGAAUGUUAGAGCAUCUCUGACAGCUGCCCUAAGAUUGGCACCCGAAAAGGUUUAAAACACC